AUGACGGAAAAGAUAGCCGAACAUAUGGGCAACGUCGACUAUGUCCAGGAUCAAUGUCGGAUUCAGGACCUCGAAACCGAAAAGCCUGCUGUGAGGGGCAAUUUGGCUCAAGGACCUGCCACAUCUACGCAGCGGAAACUCAAAAGCCGCCACAUCCAGUUCCUUGCACUGGGAGGUGCCAUUGGAACCGGACUCUUCGUCGGCUCUGGCAGUGUUCUAUCUCUCGUCGGACCUGCUCCAUUAUUCAUGGGCUACGUCACUCUUAUGUUCAUGGUGUGGUGCAUUAUGCAAGUUCUGGCUGAGAUGGUGUCGUACCUUCCUCUUCAGGGCGCCACUAUACCUUACUUUGUGAAGCGCUAUGUAGAGCCAUCUUUAGCGUUCGCCUGUGGCUGGAAUUAUUGGUAUGUCUACUCGAUACUAGUGGCCGCUGAGUCUAUCGCGGGGGCCAUUCUCUUGGAGUACUGGGACGUCGGAGUGAACCCGGCCGUCUGGAUCGCCAUAUACCUGGUUCUGGUUCUCUUCUUAAACAUUGUUGCGGUCGACUUCUUUGGCGAAUCCGAAUUCUGGUUCGCCAGCAUUAAAUUGAUCACUAUCCUAUGCCUCAUCAUAACCGGUCUGGUGAUCUUUUUUGGGGGUUCUCCCAACGGCCAGGGUCGGUUGGGAUUCCGUUACUGGAAUGAACCCGGAGCUUUUAACCCGUACCUCACGAGUGGUAGUUCUGGUCGAUUCCUCGCGUACUGGACAGCCUGCGUGCGUGCCGGCUUUGCGUUCAUCACAUCCCCCGAGCUCAUUGCCAUCGCUGGCGGCGAGACCGAGGCACCGAGGAGAAAUAUUCCCAAAGCCGCCAGACGCUUCCUGUGGCGACUCGCUUUUUUCUACGGCUGUGGCUCUUUGGUCAUCGGUUUCAUUGUUCCUUCGAACGACGAGCGUCUCCUGUCUCCAGAAUCCAACGCCAAUGCCAGUCCAUUUGUGAUCGGUAUUCAACGGGCUGGUAUUUCGGGCUUAAAUCAUGUCAUCAACGCCGCCGUCUUGACCUCCGCAUGGUCGGCUGGCAAUGCUUUCGUCUACAGUGGCAGUAGAGUCCUUUAUGGCAUGGCCCUAAGUAAAGAUGCACCUCAGAUCUUCGCCAAGACCAACCGUCAAGGUGUACCUUAUGCCGCGGUGCUCGUGACCUGGUCCGUCGGUUUCUUAGCAUUCCUUACAGUGUCCGAAACUGGCAGUCAAGUCUUCCUGUGGUUCGUGAAUGUCAGCACCAUCUCUGGAUUUCUCGCGUGGAUCAUUGUCCUCUUCACGUACCUACGAUUCCGCAAGGCUCUUGUGUUUAACGAUCUGCUCGAUACACGACCAUAUAUCACUCGAUUCCAGCCGUAUUUCACUUACUUCGUCCUUGGCUUCAUAAGCCUCUUGACGUUGACGAAUGGAUUCCAAGUCUUUACGAAGGCGAACUGGACUACUGCCAACUUUUUGGCAGCUUACAUCACCCUUCCGAUCAUUUUGGCGCUAUACGUGGGACACAAGGUAUGGUCUCGAACGCCCUUCAUGCAGAAGGUAUCUGAGAUCGAUGUCAUCUCGAGCAAAAUUGAAAUGGAUGAGCUGUGCGCUCUGGACGAAGAGCCAGUGCCGAACAACGUUGCACAGAGAAUCUGGUUGUGGAUAGCGUAA